AUGCGUGCCUGGAUUCCUCUUCUUAUUCUUCUUGUUGCUUUGGCUGUUGUUGCCGAAUCUCGCUCUUCGGAGAGCAGAGAGUCUCGUAAGGGACCAAAGAAGAAUCGCAAGUCUUCUGAAUCCUCGGAAUCCAAUUCCAACUCAUCUGGUGAUUCAUCUGAUUCUUCUGAAGAGGAUAAUGGAUCCAGAAACAGUACAACUCCUGUUUCGACCAACUCUACCACUCCAACCACCGCCGAGCCAACCACUUCUUUCUUCGAAAUCCCUACAUCCAGUCCAGUUAUUCUUCCAUGA